UGUUUUUGCGGAGGGAUCCUUCUGCUUCGGCCAUCUGUUUUGGCUUGGACAUUGUUUUCAAUUUUACUUUUUUUUCUACCUUGGGGUGGGGGGGGGUGUUGUUGUUUUUUUUUUUUUCUUUUUGGUUUUUUUUUUUUUCCUUUUCUUUUUUUUUUGAGGGGGGGAUUUGCAAGACCUAUUUCAUGCAUGUCCAGUGGGGGCAGGUUCAACUUUGAUGAUGGGGGGUCAUACUGCGGAGGGUGGGAGGAUGGCAAAGCGCACGGCCACGGGAUCUGCACGGGCCCCAAGGGACAGGGGGAGUACUCGGGGUCGUGGAGCCACGGGUUCGAGGUGGUGGGUGUCUACACCUGGCCCAGUGGCAACACUUACCAAGGGACUUGGGCACAGGGCAAAAGGCAUGGCAUCGGGGUGGAGAGCAAAGGCAAAUGGGUAUAUAAAGGCGAAUGGACUCAUGGAUUUAAGGGACGUUACGGGAUUCGGGAGAGCACGGGCAGCAACGCCAAGUAUGAGGGCACCUGGAGCAACGGCCUGCAGGAUGGCUAUGGCACGGAGACCUACUCCGACGGAGGAACCUACCAGGGCCAGUGGGUGGGCGGUAUGCGCCACGGCUACGGCGUGCGGCAGAGCGUCCCCUACGGGAUGGCGGCGGUCAUCCGCUCGCCGCUGCGCACCUCCAUAAACUCCUUGCGCAGCGAGCACAGCAACGGCACGGCGCUGCACCCUGACGGCGCCGGGGCCUCGGCGGCCGGCAGCCCCGCGGUGUCCCGGGGCGGCUUCGUCCUCAGCAUGCACAGCGACGCCGAGCUGCUCAAGGGCAAGAAGAAGGGCCUGUUCCGCCGCUCGUUGCUCAGCGGCCUGAAGCUGCGGAAGUCGGAGUCCAAGAGCUCCCUGGCCAGCCAGCGCAGCAAGCAGAGCUCCUUCCGCAGCGAGGCGGGCAUGAGCACGGUCAGCUCCGCCGCCAGCGACAUCAACUCCACCAUCAGCCUGGGCGAGGGCGAGGCCGACCUGUCGGUGAUUGAGGACGACGUGGACGCCACCACCACCGAGACCUACGUGGGCGAGUGGAAGAACGACAAGCGGGCCGGCUUCGGUGUGAGCCGGCGCUCCGACGGGCUGCACUACGAGGGCGAGUGGGUCGGGAACAAGCGGCACGGCUACGGCUGCACCACCUUCCCGGACGGCACCAAGGAGGAGGGGAAGUACAAGCAGAACGUCCUGGUCAGCGGCAAGCGCAAGAACCUCAUCCCCCUGCGGGCCAGCAAGAUCCGGGAGAAGGUGGACCGGGCCGUGGAGGCGGCCGAGAGAGCCUGCGACAUCGCCAAGCAGAAGGCCGAGAUCGCUCUGUCCAGGACAGCUCAUGCCCGCGUCAAGGCAGAGGCCGCGGUGAGUGCUGCCCAGAAGGCCCAGGAGGAGGCUCGCCUGGCCAGGAUCACUGCCAAAGAGUUUUCCCCAUCCUUCCAGCACCGCGGAAACGGAGUGGAGUGCCAAAGGCCAAAGCAUCAGAACUCCAGCGAGAACGACAUCGAGGUCAUCUCCACUGGGACCCCCGACAGCCCCGAGCUGUACAUGAAGGGCACCACCCCUCCGGAUCUCACGCCCGACCUGAGCCCCGUGCCCAGCCGCCCCUCCACGCCCCCCCCCAGCCCCCACAAGCCCACCCACCGCACCAAGAAUGCCCGCUUCCUGCGCCAGUCUGCCGUCGACGACGACCGGGGCACCGGGGAGAUCCAGGUGCUGCUGGAAGGGCGGGGCGGGGGCGGGGGCGGAGGGGAGUACCUGCGGCCCAACAGCUGGAUUGAGGACAAGCGGCCAGCGGAGGGCGGCGGCGGCAGCCGGGGUGGCAGCCGGGGCAGCAGCCGGUCCAACACGCCCUCCACGCAGGAGGACACAAGGGCUCGCGGCAGCAACGGCCACAAGCACGCCUCCUCGAACCACAAGCCCCGGGAGCGGUGGGCGGACUGCCCCACCACGGUCUCGUGGACUACCCACCGCUCGCUCAGCGAGAGCCUGGCCAACUCGCGCCUCCUGGAGCAGGACGAGGAGAAGCUGAGCAACUACGAGAUGGAGAUGAAGCCCCUCAAACGGAUGGAUUCCUAUAUGCAAGAGACGCACCCCCAAAAACACUACGGCAGCCGCGGCUCGCCCAGCCCUGCCGAGGACUAUCACGCGGAGGCCCGUCCGCACGGGCACGGGCUCCAGAGACUGAGGCCUAAGUCCCAGGCCAAGGAGAACUUCCGCCUCGCCUGCACCGCCGAGCCUGCCGUCCAGAAACUGGACAGCCUGGGGAUGGGGGAGAAGCUAGACUCCCGGCCCCUGUGGCGAGACUUGACCCUUUCCCCCCCACAGAAAUCUCUACCCAUUGCACUAGAGCACGACGAGGAGAAUUUGACCGAACUCAAAUCGAACUCGGGCUCAAGCUCUAUCCUGGUUGUUAUGGUGAUCUUGCUGAACAUUGGAGUCGCCAUUUUGUUUAUUCACUUUUUUAUUUAAUGUAAUGCCUAUAAAUUAUGAUUAUUCUUAUCUAUAUUAUUAACGGCCCCUGUUUUGACAAAAAAGUGAAAAUUCAAAUAAAAAAAAAGUGACAGAAGGAGACGAACUAGCAAACUCCAACUCAACAGAACCUGGGAAUGAGAUCUGAUUUCUACUCUGUUUCCUUUUUUUCCUUCGCUCCUCGCCCAGUUCUCAACGUGAUAAGCCGUUUAACAGUUGUUUUUCCAAUUCCUGUUUUUUAGCCUUUUUAUUUUGUUGGUUUGUUUGUUUCUGGCUUUAGUUUUUUUUUUUGUUCCUGAAAGUAACAACGGGAAAAAAAAAACCUGGCUUGUACAACAGUAUAGCGUUCUGUGGGCAUGGCAACGCAACGAAACUCCAUCCCUCUUCCACGUGCUGCGACCCAGAGCAGGAGCGUCGUGGGCCACAUCCAGAGAGAGGACAGUACAGUGAGGAGCUGGUCUCUGUCCCCUCAGUGUGAGCUUGGAAGAAGCAGCAAGCACCCCCUUCUUUCAGGAGCCACUCCUAUAGGUUUUUCUGUCAUGGCAGUCAUGUUUUGAGUCAGAUACCAAACAAACCAGGGCUAAACGCAAUGUAUGCAAUUAGAUGACAGAACCAGGGUUACCCUUCUGCCAUGAAAGGGCUUAAUGAUGAUCUGCUGUGACGUGUGGAUUGUGAAGCGUUUUCUCAACAUAACUUCCGAUUCAGGUUCUAGCUAGAUAUUUUUAAUUUGGGGGUGGGGGGGGCACGAUGGAGAAGAAUUUUCUGACAUUAAAAUGAGCCACUUCAGACCAAUGUCAUGUCAUUGACCUGCCUUAUUGUGCUUUCUAUUGACAGGAAACAGUGCUGCAUGUUCCUAUGCUUUGAACACAAUAUGCAGGAGGGCUAGUUUCCACUCUCCUUUCGGUCAUCUGUUAAGGAAACAAGAAAAGACACCUUUCUUCACCUCACAAUGAGAAAACGGCUCACUAACUCCACAUCACAAAACGAGGGAAAGCAAAGUCACAGUGGACGAGACACACCACAAAUCAGAGAAACAGAAGUGGAAAGUAGGAGCUGACACAAACCGAAAAUCACACUUCCCAGAGGAGAGACUGUUAACAUUUUAAACAACUGCUUUCAAAUUCACAGAUUUAAAAGAAAAGUUCAUUUUUAGCUUUUUGCAAGACGUCUGAAAAGCCAUUUGCCUUGUUUUUUUUAAAAAGUAACAAAAGUAACAAAAUAUAUUGCAUGCUCACGUAUGUUUUAGUUUUGUAUAAAGACAAAAAAUAUAUAUCUAAAAAAAAAAAUAACUCUUCUAGUUUUGAAAGCAGUUCAGGUUGCAAAGCUGUUUAAGUUCAUCCCAAAAGGUUAACCUUUAGAUUCGGGCUUAGUCUAGGUGCUGUUAUUGGUCAUCAGCUACAAGGAUUUCUCCCUUUCUGAGGUAUUCACACAGCCUGUCUCUUCCACACAAACUGUUACUCCCUUGAACGCAAAUGAACUUGUCUCUGCUUUCCAUUAACUCCCAAUUUUUAUUUGUCAAUUUUUAAACUGGCUUAUGAACAAGACUGUCAAUGACACUUUUAUAGCAUGUGUGUAAGGAUCUUUUUCAUAGCUGACCUAGCCUGUCUGCCUAUGCUCUGUACCUAAGCUGUCUCUACUCUGUUUCUCUAUCGAAAGAACCACAGCCUGGUAAGCACACAAGGAGACGUGCUGUGCUGUGACAGUGUCACGGAAAUGCUGGACGAGUUCCUUUUCAUGAGCACAGGCUCACCAGGCGAGAGUUUCUUUGAGUCAUUUUGAAGACUGUAGGGCUUGAGUGCUCAAAAUUAUGAAUGAAUCUACCUAUUUGCUAUUUGGCUUACAUCUCCCCUGUGUUCCAAUGGCAUGCCAGUGCAUGCAGGUUUUGUUUUGUCGUUUUUUGCCAAUCAAACCUGAUUUAUGUGUAAAAAAAAAUUUAAUCUGAACUUCUGUUAUAUGGACAUUCCAGCUUUGCCUUUUAAAAGCAACCAAUCUGGUGUAGAAAAUGGCCUGGAGGGCAAUAUGUUUGCUUGACUUUUCAUUUUUUUAGAUCCAUUCACUUUAAGAAAUGUCAGAAAUCUUUCUUUCUCUCUUUAUCUUUUUUUAAUCAAUAAAUCUGUGAACCAUUUCACUUUCCAUGUU